AUGGCACAAAACGCAUCGUUUAACCUCCCCGGUCUGCCUUUUGAGAUCCGCGCUCUCAUUUGGGAGGCUACUCUUCCCCCUGCGCGAAUCUUUCACGUUAAAGACACGACAAUGACCGGUCGGCAUAGGAUCUUCACUUUCCACCGGAAACAUCCCCCGCCAAUUGCACUCCACAUAUGCGCCGAGUCCCGGGCCGCCGCUCUCCGGAAUGGAGGUUUCUUUCUUGCUCCAGAGCCCGGCACGGGGCCUUGGUUUAAUCCGAAGCGGGAUAUUUUGUAUUUUGAUCGCAAUCAGCGACACAUGCUUCGCACCAAAGAUGGCCACUCAUGGAUAUGCGGCUGGGAGGAGGUUUUACAUGUGGGACUGGAAUGGAGAGCUUGGUUCCGAGACGUUCCGAGACAGACGGCGCCUGGAGAUGAAGAUAUUAAACGGCAUUGGCGGAACGUCGUCAGAGGUCUUUACUUUCAUAUGCCUGCGCUAGAGGGCAUUCACUAUGUGCUCCCGCGCGUUCGUCACAAGGGAGGCGUGACCUGGGGCCGCGAACCAUACAAAUCUGAGCAGUAUGAAACACAGCUAGUGUCUUUACCAAAGAGAACGGAGAUUCCAUGGGCCGGUGCGGCCCCAGGAGUAAUGGUCAUACCCGGAGCAACGGAAGGGAGCAGGACAAUGUUGACUAUGACGACGUGGGGGGACAUUAAAGCUGAUAUGGAGAGGGCAUUGGAGGAAGAGUUGAAGGGAGAUGAAGAUGAGCGAGUGGCAGUGCUGGACUGGACCUUGGAAAAUGAAGACAAUGAGGAGGAGGACAACAGUAAAUGCGUGUUUCCGGGUAAUCGGCUGCCAGAAGUCGUGGGAUGGUGGCUUCUGAGACAAGAUGCACCACGCGAAGCUCACCCCAGCGUGAUAGAAUUCUUUUUGUAG